AUGUCUGUCCCUCCUGUUACGAAUUCGAAUGUGGCACGUAUUUCGGUGGGAAUUUACCGGUUACAAGAAGAUCCCGAGGUUUCUCUCGCCUGCAAAGAGGCGAAAGAGUCUGGUUACGAUUUUAUUACUCUUCCUAUCGCUCGUCCCGGUUAUAGGCGUUUCCUGUUUGAACAGCCCAAGGACGCGAGUGGAUCAAGGGCCAUGGAGGAAUGGAGGAAGCGAUAUGUGUUUUCCGCUCAAGAUUUGGUGUUGAAGAAUGCCGAUUUUGUCGAUUACGCUGUCGGCAAAAUUUCAGACUGGCUGGAUUUGGACUCUUCGGAUCAUGAUAUUCGAACAAACUCAGAAAUUGCUUUAAAACAACAAAUUUCAUGGGCUGGGCACUUGGGACUUUCCGCGGUGUUGGCUCCUUUCCCAGCUGAUUGUCCGAUGAAUUACGCGAGAAGCUUGAAUUCUAUACUCGAUGUGCUGACGUAUACUCACGUUUGGAUGAAAAUUCCUUUGACCCUUGAGAAUUCCGGGGCGCAAGACACCGUCACCUGGGAAAAAUGGAACACAUUCAGAACGUUAUGUGAACAUCCUACAAAAUUGGUCAUAGCUUUGGAAGUUACAGCACAACUUCCCGAGGACAAAAUUCUUGAUCGAUGGUUCGCCGAACCUAUCAGAGCCGUGAUAUUGCCUACGAGCAUUUUCUUAACCAAUGUUAAAGGGUACCCGGUAUUAAGCAGAAGGCAUCAGGUCUUUGUUAGAAGGUUCAUUAAAUAUAAGACAAACUUUAUGAUCUUUGAUGAUAUGAGGUCACAGGAUGCGAAGGGUGGUCUCUCGGCGUAUCAGGAAUAUGUCCGUCACCUGAACCGUACGAUGCCCGAUCCGACCCAAAUUGAGAGAUUCUCCACUGGUUAUCAUGACUUUCUGCAGUCGCCUUUGCAGCCACUAAUGGAUAAUCUAGAGUCAUCCACAUACGAAGUGUUUGAAAAAGACGCCGUAAAAUAUGCAUUAUACGAGAAGGUCUUUGUUCACCGUCGUUUUACAGAUAGAAUGCACCUGACCGUGCUUUAUCCAUGCUUUAAUCUUAGCCUGCAGAACAUGAAGGCUAACGUGUGGGGUGAUAGGGUGACAAUAGCAUUUUCGGACAUGCGCCGUUGGAAAGCUCCAGAGAAGGCGGAUAUACUUGUCAGCGAACUUCUUGGUUCAUUUGGUGAUAACGAAUUGUCUCCGGAAUGUUUAGAUGGCGCGCAAAAAUUUCUGAAGCCUGGCGGAAUAUCCAUACCUGCUUCAUACACGACUUUUAUUUCACCGCUCUCAUCGACCAAACUUCACAACGAAGUUGCCGCCUACAAGGACCUCACUCAUUUUGAGACCCCGUAUGUUGUGAUGUUUCAGUCUGUUUCGGAAUUGGCCGAACCGCAAGAAGUAUGGAAAUUUGUGCAUCCUAACAAAUCGAUCGAGGUCGACGACGACGAAAUGCCGAUUAAUAACUUCCAUAAUACUCGUUAUUCCAAACGAAUAUUCGAAGUAAAAGAAAGUGGUCUGCUGCACGGCAUCGCCGGAUACUUCGAGUCGGUAUUGUACAAGGACAUAUUGAUGAGCAUUCUCCCGGCUACGCAUUCGGAUGAUAUGUUCAACACCAAUCUAUCUGCCAUCCGGUGCGAAAUUGGAAAUUCAUUUUUGGAGAUUGACAAAUCACAUGAAAGUAUG